AUGACAUCGGAGCUGUUCCAAGACUGGAUUAAAGACUUUGACAGACAAAUGAGACUCAGCAACAGGAAGGUGAUUCUUUUAGUGGACAAUGCCGCCAGCCAUAAUCAAGGUGACCUCAUAUUGAGGAAUGUGAAGCUGCACUUCCUUCCCCCGAAUACGACAGCGCACAUACAACCCAUGGAUGCAGGAAUCAUCAAAGCGUUCAAAGCCCACUACAGACGACAGCUUGUGGCCCAUUACAUCGACUGUGCUGAGAAGAACAAGGAACAAACUGUGGACCUACGACAAGCCCUACAUAUGGUGAAGAUGGCCUGGGAUUGUGUUUCGACAAAAACCAUCACUAACUGUUACAGACAUGUGCAAAUUCUACCAGAAGCAGAGGAUGCUCAAUUCGACGAAGAUGACCUGCCACUUUCCCACCUACGCCGCCAGAAUGAAGAUGAAGAGGAUGACGAUGAUGUUCCCCUACUUCAGCUUAUGCAACAGAUGCGCCAACUUCCAUCAGCCACAGAUAUGACAGCUGAGAAAUAUGUGAACAUUGAUGCGGAAGAAGAAACAGGGCAUCACCUAACAGAUGACGACAUCCUAAUGUUAGUGUCCAGGGAAGAGGAAGUUCCGGACUGCAACAGUGACGAAGAUAAAGAGGAAGAAGAGGCCAGGGACAUCACCAUUGCUGAAGCCAAGCAGUGCAUCCAGACACUGAUCAGCUACUUUGAGCAGAAAACAACAACAACAUAG